AUGGCUCUUAUCGUGAAUCUCGUACCUCUUUUGUUCUCAGCAGCCCUAGUUUAUUCGGAUCAAAAUACAGUGCCGCCUCUCAAAUCUUUCAAGAUCAGUGAAAAUGUGAUAUACGAUUGCAUUGAUAUUUAUAAGCAACCGGGACUUGAUCAUCCCUUGCUCAGAAACCACAAAAUCCAGAUGAAACCAUCAUUUUCACCACAUGAUUCAACGAAUCAAACUGGCAAUAAUGCGACAUACAAAACGAAAAUAGCAUGUCCAUAUGGAACUGUUCCUAUACUGAGAAAUACAAAGGAAUUCAACACUAAUGCACAAAUUUUCGCCGAAAAGUAUCUCAAUCCGAUUUUAGCCGAUGGGCUCGAUCCUCUAACACAUAUUGCUGGAGUAAGGUCGGAACCUGGUCCAUAUCGUGGUGUGCAAGCCUUUUUUAAUGCAUAUAACUUAGACCUCAGAGACGAUGAAGCGUCAUAUAAUCAAAUAUAUAUAGGGAGUGGACUUAAUAACGAGGCCAAUUUUGUGAUGACAGGUUUAAUGAUAAAUCCAAGCUUAUAUGGAAACGACAGUGUCUGGACAUUUGGAUUUUGGCAGGGUAAGGAUGGAAAAGGAUGUUACAAUACUGGAUGUCCGGGGUUUGUCCAAUUAUCGCCACGAAAUCCUAUAGCCUUUCCCUUAGGAAUGAAGCCACUAGAAGCUGGCAACAUACAUCCCUUCAUCCAUCAGGAUAAGCAAACAGGAAAUUGGUGGCUUUCAACCUUGGGUUAUAAUUUAUUUAAAGUAGAUAUCGGCUAUUGGCCAAAAGAGCUAUUCAACCUUAUGGAUAAUGGUGGAAAUAUUGUUGGAGCUGGAGGUGUGGUUCAUGCUUCUCCAUUUGGUUCAAGCCCUGCGAUGGGUCAUGGUCAAUUUCCAAAACAACCAGUACCUUCCGAUGGAUCACCGACUUUUUCAGAUGUUAAAGUCAUGAAUUCUAAGUAUGAGUCACAUAGAAUGGAUUAUUUUCCAAUAGAGAAGUUGUUAGACAGUCCCCAGUGUUAUGGGAUAGAAAUUGGGAUAAACGAACCUCCUCACCAUGAUCAUCGCGGUUUCUUUUUUGAUGUUGGUGGUCCGGGAGGAAACACUUGUUGAAUUUGAUAUUUGUAAUUUCAUUUAUACCCAUGAUAUUUAAUGAAACUAUCAUUUUAUAAA